AUGGGUGAUGAAGACAAAGGAUGUUCUUCCAGUAUGUGUCGAUUAUUUGAUUUUGAAAUAACUCAAUUGAAGGAAAUGUUUCCAUUGUGCUCUGAUGAUGUGUUGAGUGUGGCUAUGGGGAAAAGUGCUAAUUUGGAGGAAGCUUUUGAUUAUGUCAUGCAACAAACCGGCACAACUGAAAAUACAGGUUUGCAUAUGGAAGAGAAAUGGGGGUGUUUCUUGCAUUUUAAUUUAAGGAAAUGGUUUAUUUAUCUUUAAAAAGCGAAAGGGGCACAUUACUGUAUGUAGAUGAUGUGAUAAUCACUCACCUUUUAAGCGAUAUUUUAAAUGGAUGCGAUAUUUAAAAUGGAUGCCAUCUUUUAAAUGCCCUUAGCUUAAAAUACUCAUUAAAAAUUCAUAAACCUUAUGGCAAAUCAUGUCAGCCAUAAUAUGUCACGUGGAGUGACUUUAUAUCUGAUAAAACUCAUCUUUAUUAGUAUUCUUUAUAUAAUUGUUCAUCCUAAUUAGUAUGAUUAUAUAUAAUUGUUUAUUCUAAUUAUUAUUCUUUUGUGAUCGUAUUUUAAGCUAUUCAAAACACUCGAACUCGCGUUUUAUCAUAUUGAAAACGUUAGGCUGCGCCUCGCAUUUUAAAUAUGAUAAAACACUCCUUCUCAUGUUUUAAAUACUAUUUAUACAAUUUAUGAGGCAUUUAUUAGAUUUUAAUUACACGUGCUACGUCACACAGUUUGGAUUCCAUAUAAACAUUAUAGGUACAUUUUCCUACAUGUGUCCCAUAUUGCAUUGCAAUUCAUUGUUUGGCACUGGAGUGACGUAAGCACUUCUAAUGUAUAUAUUAUUAGAGUUACAGCACAAGUGUAAGGGAGCGAAAAUAUGAAAGCUAAAGAGUUUUGAAUGUAAAAACAAAAUGCCCCCUUAUUUGAUAAGUUAAAUUUACUGUAUAUAUGCAUGUAGAUAGUUUUCAAAAGUAAUUACUGUAACUAUAUAGUAAUUUUAAUAGGUGUUUCUUACUUUCUUAUAUCAUUUCACUUGGAUAAAGAAAUUACAAAUCAGGUGUGAAGGAAUUUGUAUUGCAAUCAGUACAAUACAGUUAUAAUGACAAAAUUUAAAUAAUGUAACCAAACAUCGGUCGUGGCUGUUGGUUAUAUUUGGGGAUUUCAUUUCAUAGCACCUCGAUCAUUUUCUGUUUAACUUUUAUUUUAUUUAAGGGAAUCACAGCAACAACAGUUCAACAUGUUCAGGGGAUUCAUUGAUCGAAUUGGUCAGAAGUGUCAUUCCUGAUUCGACUAAUGCACCAAUGCGGUUUAUGGUCAGCAGGAAUACAAUCUUAUCUGAUAGCAUUGCAUUUUUUAAGCAGAGAGAUUUCAAUCUCGGUACACCUGUUAAGAUAACAUUCGAAGGGGAGCCAGCAAUAGACGGAGGUGGUCCUAAGCAGGAGUUUUUUACCCUUCUUCUGAGACAGCUCCUUUCCCCGAACUCAGCUGUCCAUUUAUUCGAAGGAAAAGAUGGGAUAUAUCUUCCUUCGCAUAACACUGAUGCAUUGAGAUCAAAAUUAUUUGAAGUUGCUGGAAGAAUGGUGGCUGCAUCAAUCAUAAACGGUGGUCCAGGAUUUCCUUAUUUCUCUAAAGCAGUUUGGCAAUAUAUUCAGUGUGCUGAUACAGAUGCUGUCACAGAGUAUAUAACAAAAGAUGAUGUGAUUGAUUUUGAAGUCAUUGAAGCAAUUAAUAAGGUGCAUGAGGACAGUUAUUAG